GAGCAAAGCGAACGACGUUUUCACUGCCUUACUUGGGAUGUGCAAACAUCGAAGUGCAGAACUCGGCGCGCCAUCUGAGUGAAAACCGAUCUCUGCGGGCGAGCAGUCAGGAGUCCGGGGGAAUUGGCACUUGGGGCAUUUGGACUGAGUGAACAUUCGUGAAUGCCGCUCGCUGAAGCCACCUGUUCCGUUUCAAGUUGGGCUGCGAGAAGUUGGCGGCAAUGAAUUCGACGCUGGUGAAUCAAACUGCCAGUCUUCUGUACUCUAACCGCACCGAUUCACUGGACUCGAUCCUUAGGUGCUGCAGCGGGAACUACUCCUCGGUGGUGACCGACGACGGCUUCGUACUGGCCGCUCCCGACGAGAGGAACCUUUACAUCAUGAGAAUUGUCCAGAUCGCUGUGAUGUGUGUCCUAUCUCUCACUGUCGUUUUCGGGAUAUUUUUUCUUGGCUGUAAUUUGCUGAUCAAAUCGGAAGGUAUGAUUAACUUUCUAGUCAAGGACAGGAGACCCUCCAAAGAGGUAGAAGCUGUAAUUGUCGGUCCAUAUUAACAGCGGCCACCAAGACAAAAAUGAUGACAGCGUUUCAGAUUCCAGAUAACACCUUCGCCAUGAACCCCGGUAGACAUCAGCCCAGAGGAGUCAAGGGACCUUUGUGCAGAUCAGUAUUUCAAGCACAAAAAGAGGAAACCAAGCACUUGGGAAGUGUCAGCCUGACAACGGACUUUGCUCAGAAACGUAACGGCGAUACGUUGGAUCUUCUGGCACUGAACCAGGCACUGACUAUAUACCCAGACUGAAGCCAUUUGCCAAUUCCUUUCCAUGGCCAAAGCAGAAAGAUAAAGAAUGUAUAGGUAUCAUUGCACAAGUCAAAAAGAGUGGUUCAAAACUUGCUAAGAGAACGACUUUCCUGACUAUUGAGUUGUAAAUAUAAUCGCCUUCUUUAUUGCGCUCUGAUAUUUUUGUAAAGUAGUUAUCCUUUAUCGGAAAUGUCCAGUACGUCUUGACGUCCUUCGCUUACAAUUUUACUACAAAACAUUUCAAUCCUUCCUUUUGGCAAAACUGUUUAAAUGUCGAAUACGUUUUUAAUGUUAAUUGUAUAAAUUACGAUUUAAUAGAUUCUCUAUUUCAGAAAGGCGGGUUGUCAUUACGGUCCACGGAGCCUUCAACGUGUAAUCGCACGGGUAACAAACGUGUUAUAAGAAGUCCACGGAGUUUUGUAUUGCAAAAUAUUAUUAAAAUAUAUACAUUUAUUUUUGGGAUUGAUAUUUCUCUGAAUAGCGAGUAAAAAGUUAGCUGUAGGGGAUUUUGCGAUGAGGAGUUUAUCGCGAAUUGGUUUAGAAAGUUAUGUCAGCUGCUGCAAAGGAGAGACAUAACGAUCAGUGCUCCGCAGAGGGAUACAGAUCGCUCGCUGAUCCCUGAAGCCUUUCUCCAGCACUCUGAAGACAAUUCGACUGCAUUAACCUGUUAAAAUUGAUUCAAGGCUCGACAGCGAAAUUGAGCAAUUGAGUGAGAAUUCCUGGGAUUUAACCCCCUGUGGAUUUACACCAGCUUUCUGGAAAUCGGGUGAAACUGUAACUCUGAAGAGGGGGACGAGGUAGCAAUGAUCCUUCGCCCUGGGAACUGUGAAUAAACAAACGAGUAUUGUGGUUGUGGGGGACGCUGCCAGCCGUAAAACAGGACCCUCGAUCAUCUCCCUCAUUGGACGGAAAGUCAAUGAAGAACCGGGAUCUCUGCGAAAAACACUUUCUUCCGCAGCUGUUGCUUCACCAUGUGCUGCGCGCCGCUGACGAUUUUUGUCGUCUCCCCCGCGGAAAGGGAGGAGUGGAGGGGAAGGGGGAGAGAAGGGAGAUCUGACAGCAGAGACCUCGACCUCUAAAGCCCAUUAACAAUAUCUGAACUAUUAAUUUGAAAUGUGCAUUCAAUAGUUUGAAUGUAAAAAUGCACAGGCGCCCACCGAAAUGUACGUGCGUACCUAUACAUUUAAUUUGUACGUAUAAAUGAUCUGUUAAAUUACUUGCAUGUAUCACUAACGCAUAUAAAUUACAACGUAACAGAUAGGAUUCCAUCCAAUUCUUACGCGAAGAUCAGCGAAAGUUGUACUUAACUGUGCUUAAAUUGUUGCUAGAGUACAAAUGCAUCUAUUUCGAAAAUUAAUCGGGAUCUUCCCAAGUCGUGUUGGAUUCUAGUCGGAAAUGGGUUGACUGAAUUGUCGAAAUAGUUCUUUCGGGUCUACAGCAUCUGUUUGAAGUUGGUAUCAGUGCUGUGUUAUUUUGUUGUUUCGGGUUCCAAACCCAGACACAUGAUACGUUUUGUUAUUGCAGUGUUUUCUUCAAUGUAAACUUUGUUAUUCCUUGAUCGAUCGCAUUAAUUCCAAGGACAAGAGAAGAAAAAAAAACUGCUUCAGUAUAUAACAGCUUUCACCCCAUACGCACAGUACAUUGAUCACAAAUGGGAAAAAUCGAUCUAUUUUAGCUCAGGAUGACAUUAAAUAUCAUUUUAAAAAAGUUGAAGGCCUGCUUAGUCGGUUAGCAACCUUCAGAGGAACACAAAAACGAUUUGCUGACUGCUGUUCACCAAUCUACCAACGCCACGAAAUAACAUUGAUGAACUUGUUCCUUUCUAUCAUCGGUUCGCUGUGCGCAAAUUAGUUACGGUAUUUAUUUUUAGAACAAAAAUAUAAUUCUCCAAUUAAAUGCAAUAUUUUGAAAUACUUAUGUGAG